AUAUUUCUUUUAUUUAUUGACAGUGCCUUUUUACUCUUUUAUGUAGAUUAUACGUUUUUUUGUAUAUUAAAUCUUUUAUGUUGUAAUUUGUAUUCAGCGGGACUACUCGUAAACAGCAUUUUUCCUCAGCGGACUAAGUCUACUACAAUCAUGAAUAACAAGCGUCUUGCCACCAUUUUCACACUCCUGAUCAUACAGAGUCUUUUUGAACCAAGUGUCAGUCAGGGAUACGGAAGGGGAAGGGGAAGAGGGCGUGGUCACCACCAUCAUCAUCAUGACGACUACAGGGGCGGUGGCGGAGGUGUAUUAGGAGGACUAGGAACUGUGCUAGGAAUCGCUGGAGCAGGAUUACUUGCUGGUGCUGUUGCAAGGGGAGCUACUCGUGGAUUUGGUGAGGGAGGUUAUGCGCAACCGUACGUACAACCAGUGCUUCCGGUUGGUUAUGGAGGAGGCGCAUAUGGAGGAGGCGCAUAUGGAGGAGGAGGCGCAUAUGGAGGAGGCGCAUAUGCGGAUCCCUAUCUUCCAGACCAAUAUGGAUCUCAGUAUGUUGGCGGAUACUCGUCUCCUUUUGUAGGCGGUGCGGCAUACGGUGGGGGAUAUCUUUCGCCACGUGGCAGUCGAGUGACUACUCUUUCGGACAGGCUUUACUCCAAUAUAUAUUGAAUG